UUCUUUAUUUAUGCAGAGUACUGUGUAUAUUUAUAUCACAUUCUUCUUCUGUCUUGAUUGAAUAUAUAAAUGUGUAAAUACAGGGCAGUGGUAGUGGAACCCCUCAGAUGUAAACUAAACAGAGGCGUUACCUGGAGACAAAACUGUACACAUACUGUUUCAUCAUCAAUAUCAAAUGUUGCCAUGGAUACGCGACCUCUUUUCACUGCUGGACAGCGAUAUCUGCUGGAUGCGUUAUUUUGGGCAAGAAGAAAAUAAAACCGAGAAUAAAGCGCCAUCUGCUGGAAUGUUUCACAAAAAAUUUUUAUACAUCAACCAGCACACUGGAUGCUGGAACAUAAAGGACAGGGCACAUGAUCAGCCCAAGUCAUCAUUCAGGGGCAAAAGGAAAUCUGAUAACCUGCCCAAUGAAUAUGAGCCUCAUCAAAAGAGACAGAAAAAACAGAUAAUAGAAGAGAAAACGGACGUCUCCAACAAAACUAAACUAGUUUUAUACAUCAACCAGCACACUGGAAGCUGGAACAUAAAGAAGAGGGCACAUGAUCAGCCCAAGUCAUCAUUCAGGGGCAAAAGGAAACCUGAUAACCUGCACAAUGAAAAUGAGCCUCAUCAGAAGAGACAGAAAAAACAGAUAAUAGAAGAGAAAACUGACGUCUCCAACACAAAUAAACUACCUCCUAAACAUUUAGGCAUUGCACAUUUGUUGGAGGUUUAUGAGACGAGAGAACUGCUGGGCAAAGGAGGAUUUGGCUCUGUGUAUGCUGGUGUACGUAAAGCAGAUGGAUUGCCAGUUGCAAUCAAGUACAUCUCCAAACGUAAAGCACCUGAAAAACUGGAAAUCCCUGGACAUGGUUUCCUGCCCACUGAGGUAGCUUUGAUGUCCAUCGUCAAUAAAGAACCAUACUGUUUAAACAUCCUGCGGAUUCUGGAGUGGUAUGAACAGCCAAAGUGCUACUACAUAGUUCUGGAACGACCCGAACCAUGUGAAAACCUCCACCAGUUCUGCAGUAGGUAUGGCAGCUGCUUGCCUGAGACUGUGGCUCGUUUAGUGAUGGUUCAGCUGAUAGAUGCGCUGAAGCAUUGCAAGAGCCGGGGAAUUCUGCAUCGUGACGUCAAGCCAGAAAACAUCAUGGUUCAGACAAACACUCUUAAGGUUAAGCUGAUUGACUUUGGGUGCGGAGACUUGAUCAAGGACAAGUACAAAGAAUUUACAGGCACACCCAGCUACGCUCCUCCUGAGUGGUUUAAAAAGAAAAAGUAUUUGGCAGAACCAGCGACUGUCUGGUCUGUGGGUGUGACACUGUACAGACUGGUGUGUGGCUCUCUGCCUUUCAACACCAGGAAGGACGUGAAACAUGGUCAUGUGCGUUUCUCCAGAAGGCAUUCUGAAGAAUGCAUGCAUCUGAUCCGUUGGUGUUUGUGCACCAAACCAGCAGGCCGUCCGAGCCUGGAGCAGAUAGAGCAUCACCCAUGGUUUCACUUUAGAGGAUCUGCACUACAAACUACUGGAUAGACACCUGCCAUCAAAUACAUCUGAAACCUACAAAUAUAUUUGUGCUUUUGUACAAAAUACAUCAAAAAUAAAAAAUGUAAUUGUAAAUUGA